AUGGCGGGCGCUCAGGAUGAAGCAUCUUCGGUCAUUGAUACUUUCGUGAGGGGCUGGCCAGAAGAAAUAGAGAAAUACGAGAAGCUCUCCAAAUGUGCCGAAGCAAUCUGCACAAAGAAGCUAGAGAUAAAUAGAAUUCGUCACACUAUUAAGAGCCGCCCGAAGGCGCAGAAGAACCUCGAAGAUUCGAUUAGGAGAAGGCAAAAACGAAGACCCGAACCGUACAAGAAUCGUGAUGAAAUCAAGCAUGAUAUGAUCGAUCUUGCUGGGGUCCGCAUCGCGCUUACAUUCCCCAACGACAAGGAUAAAGUGCGUAAAAUAAUCCAGGAAACCUUCGAUCCGUAUCUCAAUCCAUGGGACGACAUUUCCUGCCCGGAUUUGGAAAGGAGUGUCAUCGAUCGGAGCGGCAUCAAGAGAAAUCGUGGAAACGGAAGUGAUGAAGAAUGGCCUCUGGGCCUGAAGUCACUUCACUUACGCUGUAAACUAAAGGAAAGCGACGAGCAGUUCUCGGAAUAUAAAGGUCUCGCUGUUGAAAUCCAAGUUGGAACCGGCUUCAUGUAUGCUUGGGAAGAUGUCUAUCAUGAUAUCGUAUACAAGCCAUACUUCGGCCGCAUCACCCCGGAGGAAGAACGAUUUAUCGAAAUCCUCAACGGGCUGGCACACACCGGGGAGCUGGCGCUCAAACAGCUAAGCGCAUCGCUCACUCUACGGACAGAGCUAGAAAAUAAGCCGUUCAAGAGUCUUAACCAUUUUAAGGAAUGGCUGCGCAAGGCUCUUUUGUUAGAAGACGGUGUCGGUCUAGACAGCCGGUUCUACAAUACCAGAUGUCUUUACCAUGUGCUACCGUUGCUCAACCUCAAUAUGCCGUCUGAUUUAUGGCCGGUGAUCGUCUCCUCUCGAGAUGAUAUCGUCCGCUCAAGAGAUAUCCUUAACAUGUUGUCCUACGGGCGCGAUAUUUGGUGGGAUUCGAAUCCGAUAACCAACAUGAAUACUCGCCAGGAAGUCUUGCUCCUGGUAAUGAUGCACGUUAAUGCUCGGGGUCUCAUUUAUCGCCGCUACCGUAUUAAUCCAUAUCCGGUAGACUUGAUGCGGCGCGACGUCUCUGCCUUCUUCUUGCAAGUUUUUGGAACGCACGGGCGAGUUAACCAUAGCUUAGCGAGCGAGACUGUUAUAUCGUCUACUGAGCUCUUCGACUGUUGGCGGCGGAGGCUUGACUUGAGUCUGUGGGCCAUGCCGAUGGAACGCAUGUCUUUUGUCCUGCUAUAUGAACUAGCAUUUGAAAUUGCUUGUCGGGGCAGGAUAUUCUAUGAUCCUGAUCAUACGCCUCCCCACGUGUUCAACGGUGCCAAUCGGAGUGAUAUAAACCAGAUUUGGGAGUUUUUUAAUGCUGGGUGCGCAAACAUGAUCCGUGGACUGAAGUUAGAAGAUGAGAAAGAAGAUGAGAAAACAGGGUGGUAUCGGUUUGACUGGGACAAACUUUUGGAAUUGAACGACAGCCACCCCGUUUUUGAUUACGAUGUCCUUCAAAGCUUCGACUCUCUCUGUUUAAUGAUUUCUGUCAUUAAUAGCGAAAGUCUGUCACAUUCUGACAUUGAUCUCGAAAGCCUGUUGUUGAUGUAA